ACCGUGCCGGCAGGCAGCAGCACUUCUUGCGCCUGCACCUUGCCAUGGAUGUUGCUGCUUAGUAGUUCAGGUGUUGGCAUGAACAGAAUUCGGAUCCAUGUUUUGCCGUCAAGCCGAGGACGCCUUACUCCUGUGCCGCGGCCACAGGAGCCUCUGUCGUGUGCCUUCACCCACCGCCAGUGCUCCCAGCCGCGGCUGGAGGGGCAGGAGUUUUGUAUUAAGCACAUUCUUGAAGACAGGAGUGCACCUUUCAAGCAGUGCAGCUAUGUUUCAACAAAGAAUGGAAAGCGGUGUCCCAACGCUGCGCCCAAACCAGAGAAGAAGGAUGGCAUGUCGUUCUGUGCGGAGCAUGCCCGUAGGAACACUCUGGCGCUCCAAGCUCAGAUGAAGAAGUCCAAUCCUGGGCCCGUAAGCGAAACUCUCCUUUGCCAGCUUAGCUCGUAUGCCAAAACAGAGCUGGGCUCCCAGACCGCAGAGAGCAGCCGCAGCGAAGCCAGUCGGAUCCUAGAUGAGGACAGCUGGAGCGAUGGUGAGCAGGACCCUAUCACAGUGGACCAGACGUGGCGAGGGGACCCGGACAGCGAGGCUGACAGCAUCGAUAGCGACCAGGAGGAUCCCUUGAAGCAUGCUGGCGUAUACACAGCUGAGGAGGUGGCUUUGAUCAUGCGAGAGAAGCUGAUCCGCCUGCAGUCUCUCUACAUUGACCAGUUCAAAAGACUCCAGCACCUUCUGAAGGAGAAGAAGCGCCGAUACCUGCACAGCCGCAAGGGAGAGCAUGAAGCCAUAGGCAACAGCCUUCUGACGGGCCCGGAGGGGCUGAUGGCCAAGGAGCGUGAGAACCUGAAGCGCCUGAAGUGCCUGCGGCGCUACCGGCAGCGCUACGGCGUGGAGGCCCUGCUCCACCGGCAGCUGAAGGAGCGCAGGAUGCUGGCGACCGACGGCGCUGCCCAGCAGGCGCACACCACCCGCUCCAGCCAGAGGUGCUUGGCCUUUGUCGACGACAUCCGAUGCUCCAACCAGUCCCUCCCGAUGACCAGGCACUGCCUUAUGCACAUCUGUCAGGACACUAAUCAGACUCUGUUUAAACCGUGUCAAGGCUCCGAGGAAGUGCCCUGCAACAAGCCGGUUCCCGUGAGCCUCUCCGAGGAUCCGUGCUGCCCGCUCCAUCUCCGGUUGCCUCCGCAGAUGUACGUACCCGAGCAGGUGCUGGCUGUCCCUGAGGAGCUGGAAACUGCCCCCACGGACCUGUACUUGAGCGCUGCUGAGCUCCAGCCCACGGAGAGCUUGCCCCUGGAGUUCAGUGAUGACUUGGACGUGGUGGGCGAUGGCAUGCAGUGUCCCCCGUCCCCUCUGCUCUUUGAUCCUUCCGUGGCCCUCGAUCAGUCCCUCAGAGACGUCACCGAGGCCCCUAUAGACAUACUGGCCCUGGAGGAGCCCUCCCACCCAGGCCUCCCUCCGCAGAUGGCACCGAUGGACAGAGGGAGCUCCUCUGCCCACGCCUUCUCCCCGGCCGCCGAGCCUCCGGCCGAGCUGCCUGCGCAGAGUCACCUGCCGCUGGCAGCGUGCCGGCCGGGGCCCAGGGACGACAGGCGGCCGGAGGAAGUCGCCUCCUCCGCCCAGGCCCACAGAGCGGCCGCCAACGGGAGCCUGGAGCCGGCGUCCAUGAGCUGAGACCGACAGCACGUGGCGUCUCUACACUCCCUUGUGAAUCCUCGCUUGCGCCGUGCCGCGGCGGAGCCCGGUGGUGGGACACGUGUGGAAAACCUGCAGGCGCCCGUGUCCUUGCGCAGCACCGGGCCCAGCCCCACCUCUAGCUCCUCUGCCGGCAUCGUUCCUGGGGCGGCAGGGCUCAAACCCCGCAGUGGGGACCCCAGACCCCCCUUCCCUCACCGUGGGGAGCCCUGUGGCGCCCGCCUGCCCAGGGGAGAAGCCACAGGGGGUCUCGGGGCAAG